GAGGGAGGGAGUGUGUGUGUGUUUUGCGUGUGAGUGAAGCACAACUUGUUGGCGUGCAUGCGAUGCUGCUGUUACUGUUGCUGUGAGCUACAAGUAGGACCAGGUAAAUUCUCACAGGUUCACAAUGUCCUUCCAGAUGUGCCGGCCACUGUGAGGCUGCACAGCUGUCCACACCUCUGGAUCUUUUUGGUCAGCAUGCAGAAUCUCCGACAUGCUGCGACUGAAGCGUUCCAGCGUCUGGGUUUAAAGCGGAGACACCUGGGCUAUCGGGAGCUGGGAGAGUUGGAUGGUGUGGAGACUCCUCAGCCUCAGUGGUUUCACACUCUACAAGUGCGCAGGCUGAGAGCGCAGAGAGGACGCAGCAACAGUGACCCACUCGGGGGCAAGAACUUUCAGGAGUUUCAAUGGAACACAGGGCUGCAGUUUGGAACGGCGAAUUCAUACCUGAACCUGGAGAAACUUGGAGAAGGUGCAUACGCUACAGUGUACAAAGGAAUAAGCAGGAUAAAUGGGCACUUGGUGGCGCUCAAGGUGAUUCGAAUGAAAACAGAGGAAGGCGUACCGUUCACAGCGAUCAGAGAGGCCUCUCUCUUAAAAGGCCUCAAGCAUGCCAACAUCGUCCUGCUCCAUGACAUCAUCCACACGCGCGAGUCCCUCACCUUCGUCUUCGAGUACAUGCAAACAGACUUGGCUCAGUAUAUGAUCCAGCAUCCAGGAGGACUUCACCCAUGGAAUGUUCGUAUCUUCAUGUUCCAGCUGUUGCGAGGUUUAUCAUACAUCCACAGCAGGAGGAUUCUGCAUCGGGACCUGAAACCUCAGAACCUGCUCAUCAGCUACAUGGGCGAGCUGAAACUGGCCGACUUUGGUCUAGCCAGGUCAAAGUCAAUCCCAUGCCAGACAUACUCUGCGGAAGUCGUGACCCUGUGGUACAGACCACCUGAUGUUCUCCUGGGGUCCACAGAUUAUUCAACAGCACUGGAUAUCUGGGGCGCAGGCUGCAUUUUUAUCGAGAUGCUCCAGGGGGUGCCUGCGUUCCCCGGCGUGGCUGAUGCUUUCGAGCAGUUGGUGAAGAUCUGGAGAGUUCUCGGCAUGCCCACGGAGGAGAGCUGGCCGGGAGUGAGCGAGCUGCCGAACUAUAAAUCGGAAUGCUUCCUGCCCUGCAAACCCCAGCAAUUCAGAGAUGUCUGGAAAAGAUUUGCACAGUUACCCUAUAAGACGGAGGACCUGGCGCAGCAGAUGUUGACCGUGAUCCCCAAAGAAAGGAUUUCAGCCCAGGAUGCGUUACACCAUCCCUACUUCAGCACUCUGCCACCGCCUGUGAUGCAGCUGCGGGACACCGUAUCUGUCUUUAAGGUGCCUGGGGUGAGAUUGGAGUCGGAAGUAAGCGAUAUCUUCAGCCCCAACAUAAGGAUGAAAUCCUCCCUCAUGCCCGAGGGAAAAUGCUGGUGAUUGGCUCCUGCUGGUCUGCAUCGACCACACAGAAGAGGAGGAAAGAAGAAGAAGAAGAAAAGCAGGGACGAAAAAAAAACCACUCUUUUGUUAAUGGAGGGUCAUCGUCCAAUUGCAGUGACUGUGCAGUGGUCAGGUCUUGGGAAGGAUGGAUAAAUGGAUGGAAGUAUGGAUGGAUGGAUGGAUGGUUAUGGUGGAUGUGCUGGAGUCGAGAUGUUCUUAAAGCUGUGGUAUUGAAAUCAGUAAACAUGUAGCCCAGAGUUGCGAACAUUGCAGUAUUUUGUGUUUUAAAGUAUUUCGAGGCCGUUUCCGACUAAAAUUCAGUGAGAACAAAUUCAAAUAAAGCGGAACGGACGUGAAAGGUG